CUCUUCCCCCAUUCAACCACUCUUACCUCAAUGAAUAAAGAGCUAAUUUCACUAGAAAUUUCAAACUAUGCUAAAAGUGUCAUUUGUGUACUAAACUAUUCAAUAUGACAAAUUUGGCACAAAUUAUAUGCGUUUCGUGACAUUUGUGACCUAAACUAUUCAAUAUGACAAAUCUGGCACAAACAACAUAAAUGUUGACUAGAUUUUCUGUUAAAUACUAUCGGUUAACGUUGGUCAAUAUUAACGAAAAAAAUAAUUUGUGAUUUAUCAUUUUAAAUAGUUUAGAAUACAAAUAACGCUUUUUGAUAGUUCGGACUUCUUAGUGGCAUUAGCCCAUGAAUAAAUUAAAGGCUCCUAUAAGGAGGGACUUUAAUGACUGCUACCUACUAUCUCAAUGAAUCGAUUGUCACAUGGUAUUUUCCACUAGUGUCUGCCUUCUUUUGUCUAGACACUAAAAUCUUUUGUCUCUUCUCCAUACUCAAUUACUACCAUUAUCAACUGUCCUCGCAGGCUAGCACCAAAUUGUUUCUUUCAGCUCGGACAUCAAUUUGUUCUCCCAGUCCCAGGGAAUAAGACUCGUAAGGUCCAUGGCUGAGUCUGCUGCUGCUGGGAAGAAGCUUAUCCGCGUGGAUGUGAGUUCAGACACUAUAUGCCCAUGGUGUCUUGUGGGAAAGAGAAACCUGGACAAAGCUAUAGCUGCCUCCAACGAGAGAUUCAAUUUUGAGGUCAGAUGGCACCCUUUUUUCCUCCAUCCUUCUUUACCUAAAGAAGGGAUGAACCGGAGUCCCUGUCACUGAGCGAAGUGGAAGAAUCCGGUGAGAAUCCUCCCCGCUGUAAACGGAGAGUCGCCUCCGCUGUCAGCAAAAAAGUUCCUGCAAUAGUUGCAUAGCGCCGGCGGGAUCGUCGUGACCGGAGUCCGGAGAUGAUUUCCAAUCCGGAGUACUUCUUGACGUAAUAACAGGAGUCUAAUCUCGUACCGUUAGUAUCACAAACGGUAAUAUUUUAAUUAAUUUCCUAAUUUUAAUUGUAAUCCAUUGUAAUUGUCUUUAUUAGCUGCGUUAAUAGCCUUUAAAUCAGCCUUUUAGAAUUACUUCCCUUCCAGGACCAGACUUCUUUCUUUAACCUUCCUCUAUUUAAUUUGUUUUUAACCCGUAGGAGAGAUUUGCUCCUAAUAUUAAGGUGUAUUAAUUAUUUAUUUAAUUUAUUUGAGCAAGCUCAGUUAUGUUAGUCAUUUUCUUCUUAUCCUUUUUUUAUUGGAUUUUAUCCAAUAUUUUUACUUUUCAGAAUUAACUCACUUUCUUCGGGUUGAAACCACAUUAUUGAUGUGGAAUUUUCGGUGAAGUCCGACUAUAUCUCUUGACAGAUUUUAAUCUCUUCAGUAGAGAUUUUUAGCACCUUGUGGUGCCUUUGUAGCUGGUUUCUGUACAGGAAAAUUUAGUAUUGGGAAGUUAUGAUCGAGCAUCUCCUCAACCUAUGAUGGAAAGCAAGUCUCGUUAAAUGAUUUAUUCAAUUGUUACAAAAAAUCUUCAAAGAUGUGCAACUGACUCGGUCGGCUUCUCAGGUGAUGGAACUAUUCCAUUUGACUUUCAUAAUUCUAUUAUGGUAUUAUCGAUGAUCAUAUCAAAUUGCUUGUCUUUAGUGAGGCUAUGUGAUUGUAUCUUACCCUUAAUGUAUUGAUUGUUACAUAUUGCGGGGUUUCUCAACUGAUCAACAUGGAUCCUACAUCGAGGAAGCAUUCUCUUCCCAGUGCAUGAGCCACUUUCAGGGAAGUUUCUUUUCUCUCUCUUUCUGCCCCUCGUGUCAGUUUCGUGUCUUUUCGCUCCUUGGAGCUUUCUCAGAGCUGCCCACCUAGUGGCAUAACAGGCUCUUUCAUCGGGAAUCUGGUUGCAUACGGAUUACCGUUCUUUAUUAUUAUAUGUUUUGUAUUUUGUUGUCCGGCCAUGCCUUGGGGCUUAUCUUGGAUAAAAAAAAAUUACUCAUAUACCUCAAUGAAUAAACGCUCGUAUAAAUAUAAGAAAAUUUUCAAGUGACUAGAGUGCUUUUGAUAAGAAUGCUUUUCUAAAAACUUUAGGGUAAAUACAAUUUAAUAUCCAAACCUUUCAUUUUAAAUAAUAUAAUAGCCAAACUUUUUCGAAAACAAUCUAAUAUCCAAAUCGUCAACUUUCCGUCCGUUUGACCGUUAGUUGACACUUCAAAAAAGCUUUGUUUAGGGGAAAUUGUCACAAUACAACUUUGUUUCUUGUUUUGGCAUUGUAGAUGACUGAAUAUUUAGAUAUUCUAUACUAUCAUGGUGGAGUCACGGACUUCUCGGGUUUGGAACUAUGAUAUGUUGGUGGUUUUUUAGAGAAGAUAUCGAUGGAUAUUGAUGAAGUGUCGUACUUCGAACUUUUUUGAAGUGUCAACUAACGGUCAAACGGACGGAAAGUUGACGAUUUGGAUAUUAGAUUGUUUUCGAAAAAGUUUGGCUAUUAUAUUAUUUAAAAUGAAAGGUUUGGAUAUUAAAUUGUAUUUACCCAAAACUUUAAAUAAUAUCAAUGACGUUCUCUUUCAUUUGAGACAGAAGUUCCCAUAUAAAGUAAUAGAGCAAAUUUGAUAGCGUCCGUUUAACAAUAUCGCGUCAUUUCAAAAGAAACAUCGGGAGAAACCCUUCUUCUAGCACCAGAUGGAAUGAACUAAAAAUUGUUUCAGCUGUAUUUAGUGAGCAGUCCAAAAAUCUCUCAUAAUAGAAUUUCUCGGCUCGACUCAAUAACGGGAAUCUCAAUUGUUUCAGUUUAUAAAAGGGCUCAACACGU